GACACUGGCAGCUCCGCCUAUUUAAGUAACAGCUGAUGACUUCUAUAACAUUUAGGCGAUUUUUGCAAAAAUAAAUUAGCGAGCAACGACAUUCAAUUGUUUAAAAUGGAGGAAAAUGAAACAAAGGCGGAAUGCGCCAGUGACACGAAUGGAGAAAACAACAUGACAUGUCCAGAAGAAUUGGCGCAUCUACAGGCCGAUAUGAGAAAAAUGCAAAAUGAGUUCAACACACAACGUGCCAAGAUGAAGGAGCUGUAUAUGCAGAAGGAUAACGAUUAUAAGCAAUGCUUGACUGAGCGCAAGCAGCUGCAACAGGAACUGGACGAGCUCAAGACACAAUUGUAUCUGAAAACUGAAAAUGAAAUUCAGCUUAAGGAUUUGAAGGCACAAGAGGAGAUAUCAUCACUGCAGCAAUUGGUGCAGGACACAAUUGAAGAAUCGGCAAUGUAUAAGAUGGAGGUGGAGCGUCUUAAAGAGCACAUUGCCCGAGUUUGGUCGGAAAAUAAGGAGCUGCGCGAGAUGCGCCAGCAUCAACAGGUGCAGGCACAACCCGAGUCUUCAGGUGGCUUGGCUCCGCAGGUUAUAAAUCAGGUAAAAAAAACACUAGGAUCCGUGCGGAAGCUAGGCAGCGAUUCUUUAAAUAGCAGCUUUCAACAAGACAGUCUCGAUGAGAAUUUGCGCGGUGGCAGCAGGGGAAAUGGAAAGUCUUACGCUCCUGAGGACGCUGAAAUGUUGCAUUCAAUCGUUGAGCAAUUGCAGGAGGAAAUGAAAGCAUUGAAAGAAAAGUUACGCGACGCCGACGAAAAGUUGCAAGUUAAAACAGCAAUAUUAUCGCCGAUGGAGGAGGCAGCCUUACCGAUAUCGAAUGAUACGGAUGCCAUUCAUAAGUCUACAUCAACAGAUUUGCCCGACAACCUCUGUGAAUCGUGCUCUAAGGUGGAAAAGAAAUUUGAGGAGUUAACAUCGCAGCGAAUGGAGCAGCGAAAACAAAUAGAUUCAUUACAGAAGCAACUAGACGAGUCGCGGGUAACUCUAGACAAGGAAGCAGUGCUCCGCAAAGACUUGGAGGAUCAGUGGCAAGAGAAGCGGGAGGCUCACAAAAGUGAAGUACAAAAUCUACGUCAACAAGUUAAAACCAAUGAGCAACAACUGCUAGAUAUGCAACAAAAGUUCCUCGAGACCAAGGACGAGGUUAUGAGACAGCUUCAACGGGUGUCCGAUGAUCGCGAACGUGUCAAUAAGCAACUGGAAACGCUUCAAGCUGACAAUGAUUUUCUGUCUGGGCGUUAUCUGGCUACAUCAGAAGAGAUUGAGAGUCAGUACAUUAAUCUGCCAAAUACUGUGGUUGAGCUACAGGAAUUAAUACUGCAACAACAGAGCGAGCUUAUACAGGCUCGAGUAAGUAGCGAAUAUGAGAAACAGAAGUGUGUCAGUUCGCUGGAUGAAAUCAAGAUCCUUCGUGCUCAGCUCGGCGAGAGCAAUAACGAACAUCGCGCAUACAAACGCAAGGUGCAAUUAGAUACUAAAUCGUUACAAGAUCGAGUGACGGAAUACCUGCUUACAGUGCAAACGCUGGAGACUACCCGCUUGCAAUUAGAACGCAAAGAGGCUGAACUUAACAAACAACUAUCUGAGUGCCGGGUGGAAAUAAUUGAGCUGCAGGAGGCGAAUGAAAAGCUGACAAAAACGAAUACGGACUACAAGUCAAAAAUAAAAACACUGCAAGAAGAGUUGUCCACUAUGGAAACAGUGCAGAAAGAUUUUGUCAAAUUGUCUCAAACUCUUCAGAUGUCUUUGGAAGAGCUGCGUCAUGCCGACACGGAGGUACGCUGGCAAGACGAUGACGAUGUUAAUAUCUGUCCCACUUGUAAUGCAAAUUUUACGGUGACGGUGCGGAAAAUCCAUUGUCGCCACUGUGGGCAUAUUUACUGCGACAAAUGCCUAACGAAAACAGUGCCAUCGGGUCCCCGAAAACGCAACGCCAGAGUCUGUGAUAUCUGUCACACAUUGCUCACACCCAACACAGCUCCAUACUUCAGUCAAGAACCGCUGCAGUCCAACUAAGUUUCGCAACGAAUUUUUGUUGCGGUUUUAAAAUAUUUAUUACACAUAUAUAUUUCUAGGUAAUUAUGUCAUUGAUUUUUUAAAUUCAGCAAUGUAUUCAGCUGGCUUGACUCAUAUUCGGUUUAUAAACAUAUUUAAUUUAACUGUGCGUGUCGCCAUAUACGAGUAUUUGAUGUAUUCCAUGUAUGCUUAUUAUAGGCGAUGAGUUUUCUAUGUUAACUUUUUGUAGGUAAGGCUCCAAGAUUGAAUUUAAUGCAAACGAAGGAAAAAUUAAAUUAAAGAA